GGCCUCUAAUCACCCAUCUCUGACCGCAGUGUCCAGGAUCACUCUGCUGUGUGUCAGUCCUCCCCUUUGUCUCUUGCAAUGGCCCCUAAGAAGAAAGAAGAGCCAAAACCUGCCGCACCAGCUGCCCCCAAACCCCCAGAGCCUGAGCGCCCCAAGACCCCGGAGUUUGACCCAACAUCAGUGACGCUGGAAUUUACUCCUGAACAAAUUGAGGACUUCAAAGAUGCUUUCCAGCUGUUUGACAGGACCCCAACCAAUGAGAUGAAAAUCACUUAUGCCCAGUGUGGUGACCUAAUAAGAGCUUUGGGCCAGAAUCCCACAAAUGCAGAGAUAAUGUACGUGCUUGGAAAACCCAAAGCUGAAGAUAUGAAUUCCAAGAUGCUGGACUUUGACCAGUUUCUACCCAUCCACCAACACAUCUGCAAAGCCAAGGACCGUGGAACAUUUGAGGACUUUGUAGAGGGCCUCCGGGUGUUUGACAAGGAGGGGAACGGCACGGUCAUGGGUGCAGAACUCAGACACGUUUUGGCAACACUGGGUGAGAAGAUGAGGGAGGACGAGGUGGAGCAGCUAAUGCAAAACCAAGAGGAUGCUAAUGGGUGCAUAAAUUAUGAAGCUUUUGUUAAAUACAUUAUGGCAUCUUAAGAGGGGCCAAUGUCUCUUUCAGCCUCAUUGUCAUUCUGGUGCUACAUCACAGUACAUAAUGAAAUCAAUAUGAGUGAGUAAUGAGUUUGUCUCUCCUUCAUUGUGAAUUCUUGACCGCAAAAGAUUUCUGUACAUCUCAUCUUGUAUAUUUUUCAUUUCCAUGCGUCUUGGAUUGAUCUACAGCAUAACUCAUCAAUAUUUCACUGUUUUAUUUUUUUUUUCUAAGGUCCCUGAUGUUAAUGCUGUGCGCACACUGCACAUUGCCCCUGUUCAUUUCGUAGAGCAUGGUAAAUAAAUACACUCGUUGUGGCUGUACUCGAUUUUUCAAAAA